UGGGCCAGUGCUGAACACUCGCGAGGCUUGCUUUGAAGUCUGUAAAGUGGUGAUAAUGCUGCUUGGGAACCGAGACUGAACAGCUUGGAUUUGUUCCAAAAGUAAAUAAGGAAACAGCAGAAGAGCGCUCUUUACUGAGAAAACCCCAACUCCCCUCUAAAACAAACAAACAAACAAACACAAAAACAUCAAAGCGGGAUUGUGCAGAAGACAAUAUGCCAGUCAAUUUCACCUUUCUCAUUACUUGCCUUGUGGCAUUUGAUCUGAUCUGGGAUUCACAAGGUCAAGAUGAGUCCAUUAUCUUGACUGGAAAGGGAAAAGUCAAAGGAAAACAGUUGUCCAUUCUGUCAGGAUAUGUCACUGCAUUCUUGGGAAUCCCCUAUGGGGAACCUCCCAUUGGAGAUCUGAGGUUCAAGAGUCCAGUGCCCCGCAAACCAUGGACAGGAACCUGGGAUGCAACAAAAUAUUCAUCCAGUUGCUACCAAUAUGUUGACAAGGCUUUCCCGGGAUUUCCUGGAGCUGAAAUGUGGAAUCCCAACACCAAACUUAGCGAAGAUUGUCUGUAUCUAAAUGUGUGGGUUCCAUCACCUAAACCCCAAAACGCAGCUGUUAUGGUUUGGAUAUAUGGUGGAGGUUUUUUAACUGGAACAUCUUCCUUAGAUGUGUAUGAUGGCAAGUAUUUGGCUUUUGUUGAGAAUAUUAUAGUAGUUUCAAUGAAUUACAGGGUUGGACCACUCGGUUUUUUUGCUUUGCCUCGGCUUUGCAAGGAAGCUCCUGGAAAUGCAGGCUUGUUUGACCAGAGACUGGCGCUUCAGUGGGUCCAUGAUAAUAUAGCAGCUUUUGGAGGAAACCCAAAAAGUGUGACACUGUUUGGAGAGAGUGCAGGUGGAGUUUCUGUAAACUAUCAUAUACUCUCUCCUGGAAGCCACCCUUUAUUUACAAGAGCAAUCAUGGAAAGUGGUACCAGCAAUGUUCCCCAGGUUGUAGCAUCGGAAUUUGUCGCAAGGAAUAGAUCUUUGACUUUGGCUUCACUCCUAGGAUGUCCGAUUAGUAAUAACAUAGAGGUAGUCAAUUGUCUUCGCAGCAAGCAUCCACAGGAGCUAGUUGACAAGCAGUUUAAUGUAGUAAGUGACAAUUUACUUAUAGCAAUUUUUGUGCCCACGGUAGACGGGGAUUUCCUCACUGAUUUGCCAGAAGUUCUAAUUCAAUUGGGGCAGUCAAAAAAAACUCAGAUUUUACUUGGAGUGAACAAGAAUGAGGGAACAUAUUUUCUACAAUACGGUUAUCCAGGCUUUAGCAUACAUAAUGAAAGUCUUAUUACCAGACAACAGUUUAUUUCAAAUUUGAUACUGAGUCUUCCGCAUGUAAGUGAAAUAGGACUAGAAGCAGUAGCUUUCCAGUACACAGAUUGGAUGGAUGAGUAUAACCCAAAGAAGAACCGCGAUGCCUUGGAUGAUGUUUUUGGGGAUUAUUGUUUCAAAUGUCCAUUAUUACAGUUCACGCAAAAAUGGGUGGACAAUGGAAACAAUGCUUUUUUGUACUUGUUCGACCACCGCUCUUCCAGAAAUCCUUGGCCAGAAUGGAUGGGAGUAAUGCAUGGGUAUGAAAUAGAAUUUGUGUUUGGAUUGCCCUUGAACAAAAGUUUAGGUUACACUGAGAACGAAGAAGCUCUAAGCAGAACAAUCAUGCACUACUGGGCAAACUUUGCUAAAACUGGGAAUCCUAACACACAGGGAAGGAAAUGGCCAGCAUUUACCAAAAAAGAUCAAGAAUACAUAACUUUAAAUACAGAACCACCAAGAAUCUACAGAAAGAUGCUUGCCCAGAAGUGCCAGUUUUGGAACAGUUUUCUACCUAAACUUCUUCAUGUAACAGAGAACAUCAAUGAAGUAGAACAGCAGUGGAAGUUAGAAUUCCACAAGUGGAACUCCUAUAUGCUGGACUGGAAGGAUGAAUUCAAUAAAAAAAAAGAAAUGUGUGCAGGUCCCUAACUACUAACUACCAAAUACAGGAAUGGAAAUAAGACUCUUAUUGCACAGCAGUUUCACCCAUUCAGUGUUUUAAAAUGUGCUUGGUUAGCCACACUGUAUAGGUAAAAGAUUCAGGUGUGUUUUAUUAAACUCAUCAUAAAACUAGGAAUGGAUCAAACUGUUACAUGAUGGCAGUCUUAUUGCCAUCCCUGCAAAUACACUUAACAAAAAAAUUAAUGUAACGCACAUAAGUAUUUUAAAGUACAAAAUGUGUGAUACUUUGUAUUACCAUAAAACUGACUUAGAAUCCAAAUAAUGACACAUGUUGCAAAGUAACUUGUUUUACACAUCAGAACACUAAUUUGAAAUUUGAAAGUUUUAAUAACAAAUAUAUAAAUAUACUGCAAUACGAGUAAUAAUACAUGAAAUAGGUUAUAUCAUGCUGAAUUAUCUUGAACCAAUAUUUUCAUUAAAUGGACUGUACGUGGGGGCUCCCGAGUGGCGCAUCCGGUAAAGGUUCUCCACGUGGAGUGCAGGAUGUGCUCUAUAGCCUGGACGUCGCUGGUUCGAGUCCAGGCUAUUCCACAGCCGACCGUGGACGGGAGCUCCCAGGGGGCGGCGCACAAUUGGCCGAGCGUCGCCCGGGAGGAGGGAGGGUUAGGUCAGCCAGGGUGUCCUCGACUCACCGCGCACCAGCGACCCCUGUAGUCUGGCCGGGCACCUGCGGGCUUGCCUGUAAGCUGCCCGAGAGCUGCGUUGUCCUCAGAUGCUGUAGCUCUUGGGUGGCUGCAUGGCGAGUCCACAGUGUGAAAAAAAGCAGUCGGCUGACGGCACACGCUUCGGAGGACAGUGUGUGUUCGUCUUCGCCCUUUCGAGUCAGAGCAGGGGUGGUAGCGGUGAACUGAGCUUAAAAUAAAUAAUUGGCCAUUCUAAAUUGGGAGAAAAUAAUAAAAAUAAUUGGCAACGACUACAUUUGUAAAUGUACGUUAUCCACAUUGCUUUCUUGUUAUCCUCGGCAACUGGGAUACAGUGGCAGUCGGACUGACCCUUUUGAGAUGCAUGAAAACUGCUUACCCAAUGGAGAUGGAUCAUGGGGGGGCAUAUUUUCAAAGCUUUAUAUCCAGUCCUAAUUAGGAAGAACAGAUAAAGCUUUAUAUACAGACGUGCUCAAAUUUGUUGGUACCCCUCCUCAUGUAGGCUGAUUUAAACACUGAUACGAUUAGAUAAACUGGAGCUUGUUUUGUUUGAAAAACAUUCAUAUGAUGUUGUAGUAUUGGUCUACUAAUCUACAGCUUGGUUACUAUGAGGAUUUCUAGGGUAUAUGUAUAGAAAUUGCCUUUCUUGUGGAUACUAAUCUCUGGUUACCAUGCAGUAUUAUUAUUAUUUUAUUAUUGAUUUCUUAGCAGACGCCCUUAUCCAGGGCGACUUACAGUUGUUACAAGAUAUCAUAUUUAUUUUUACAUACAAUUACCCAUUUAUACAGUUGGGUUUUUACUCGAGCAAUCUAGGUAAAGUACCUUGCGCAAGGGUACAGCAGCAGCGUCCUCCACCUGGGAUUGAACCCAUGACCCUCUGGUCAAGAGUCCAGAGCCCUAACCACUACCCCACACUGCUGCCUACUACAUACUGCAGUAUGUACAGUAAGAGGACAAUCUCAAGGAUCCCAACCCACUGACAGCCCAAUAGCGAUGCAACUGGCCUGAUCUUAAAGGAACAGAAUAAUAUAUACAUUGAGUUAAAAAUAAAUCCUAAUUCUUCUUCUUUGUGUGUGACAAUUGCAGAGCAUAGCAGUUAGUCAAUCUAGUCUUGCAUAAUUUGCUAAGAAAAGAAAGCAGCUCAUUAAUAAUGUCUGGUGGUGGCUCUGCAGUGCCUACUACAUUGCGCCAUUUCCAUCUGCUGUCAUGAAUGAAUGGAAAGUGAUUUGAAAUGAGAUCCUUUUUUCAUCAGUAGCAGAACAAAAUGAGGAUGGCAGGCUGGCAGAAAGCAAUGUUAAAUUACUCUGGCAUACAUGUAGUGAGUGCCCAUGUGCUGUCGCCACAUAGGAAGGCUUGAGUUUUACAUAAGCGUACUUUAACUCUUGCAGACAGUAGAUAGGAAGUUUGCCCUAUUUUAACAUCUGAACAGUACAAGAUGGAUCAAUGUAGCCUUGCAUCUAAUAAAUUGCAAUAAUGAGCUGUUUUGUCCUCAUAUUCAUCGUUAUAUAUCAGGAGAAAAAUAAAUACAUAUUUUGCAUUUAUAUUAACAGGCACUGAAUCCUGGACCCAGGUGUCAUUCUGUAGAGUGGCUUUAUUUCACUCUGGGUUUAAUAAUGGCGCAAUCAAUCUUUUUUGAAUUCACUAAAGUUGAAUACCAUGGCCCACCCAGGCCCACCCUUGGCUACGCCCCUGGCUACACUAUUGCAAGCCACCAUUAGAAAUGAAGCAGGAGCCUAUACCUCUAGUGUAUCUAUAGCUGUUCAAGCUGCACCUCAUCUAUUUAUUAAUUACACAUAUAGCUGGUGUGAUUAUAAAUGGCACAUUUCAUGUUCAGUUCUAUUUAAUUCAGUACAGGCUGUUAAAGCAUUGGGACAGUACUGUAUACACACAACCUUUGCAGCUAGAAGGUCACUAUAGGACAUUGUAUUGGGAACUGCUGGAAAGGUACUCCAGCAUAUUUAAUAUACUGUAGAAGUAAUGACUGGGAAUCAGACCCCAGUCUCCUGGGUCAGAAAUAAACAUGCAUUCCAUUGUACCAAAAAGCCAUCUGUAUUUGUAGAGCAGGCAGAUGUACAUUCCCUUAUCGAUGUCCAAUUGCCAACCAAUGAUAAAGACGUAACACAGUCCUUGUUUACAAGGCAUUUACCACCAUUUUAUUCUUCUUUUGGUUUUAAGAAAACAAAACGUCAGUGUAAAAGACUUCAGCCAGCUCAAUAUAAGGGUUUAUUCAUGUAUUCGUCUGCAGUACUAUGCACCAGCUAUAGGUUUUGGUUUCAAUCAUAGCUACACAUUAGCAUAGAAGUCAGAGACCAACUUAUUGGGCAUCUUACAGUAAAAUAAAAUGUAUAGACUGAUUUGGCAAUAUAGGAUAAAUACCUCCUUGCUAGUUUUACCAAACAAAUGGUGCAAACUUAGCACAGUGGUAAAUACUUUAACAAUACAUCUCAUUCUGUGGGAACUUACAACAAUUCUGAAAAAUAAUUACAACUAAUGACCAUCAUCUGUGUUUUCAUUCAUUGCUGGCCAGUGUAAGGAUUCUGGGACCCUAAAUAGAGCUAUGAAUAUAAUAUAGGGGAAGAAAUGGAGUAUGAACCACACUCUUUUUGGUUUAUAAGACACACAUUGUUCCAAUUGUGGCUCUGAUGUUGCAGUGCAAAGAAAAAUAAAACCAAACCAAUUGAGUGGUCUUAUCUCUGGUCAGAAUGCGUCCCCUUGUGAUUAAGAUUACCAUUCUUUGUAUACAAGAGAGGACUGAUUUUACUGUUAUCAUGUCAGGCUACAAACGAACAUGUCUAAACUACCUUCCCAGAUCAGCACUAUUAAGGAAUUUACAGGGUAAAGUGGAGUGCUGUUGAAAUAUAUUAACAUAAGAAAGUUUACAAACGAGAGGAGGCCAUUCGGCCCAUCUUGCUCGUUUUCGCUCUUCUUUGCACUCUUUCUAGAGCAGCAAUAUCCUUUUUAUAGAGGUGACCAGAACUGAACACAAUAUUUUAGAUGAGGUCUUACUAAUGCAUUUUAAAGUUUUAACAUUACUUCCCUUGAUUUAAAUUCAACACUUUUCACGAUAUAUCCGAGCAUCUUGUUGGCCUUUUUUAUAGCUUCCCCACAUUGUCUAAAUGAAGACAUUUCUGAGUCAACAUAAACUCCUAAGUCUUUUUCAUAGAUUCCUUCUUCAAUUUCAGUAUCUCCCAUAUAUUGCCUGCAUGCAGUACUUUACACUUUUCUCUAUUAAAUGUCAUUUGCCAUGUGUCUGCCCAGUUAUGAAUGCUGUCUAGAUCAUUUUGAAUAACCUUUGCUGCUACAACAGUGUUUGCCACUCCUCCUAUUUUUGUGUUGUCUGCAAAUUUAACGAGUUUGCUUACUAUACCUGAAUCUAAGUCAUUAAUGUAGAAUAGGAAUAGCAGAGGACCUACUACUGAUCCCUGUGGUAUUGCACUGGUUACCUCGCUCCAUUUUGAGGUUUCUCCUCUAAUCAGUACUUUCUGUUUUGUACAUGUUAACCACUCCCUAAUCCGUGUGCAUGCAUUUCCUUGAAUCGCUACUGCGUUCAGUUUGAGAAUUAAUCUUUUAUGCAGGACUUUGUCAAAAGUUUUCUGGAAAUCUAAAUAAACCAUAUCAUAUGCUUUGCCGUUAUCCAUUGUCGAUGUUGCAUCCUCAAAAAAGUCAAGCAGGUUAGUUAGACAUGAUAUCCCUUUCCUAAAAUCCUGCUGACUGCCUCCCAGGAUACUGUUACCAUAUAGAAUGCACUGUUGACAGUGGAUUCUGUCACAAUAAUGUAUUUUUUUUAUUCCAAAAACUAGCUGUAAAACUAGAUGUACACAGUUUCAGGGGAAUAUGAAAACAAACAAACAAAAAAAAAAACGUCCACAUGGGAAUUGUUUGCCCUUGCUUUGGUAAAUGCCAAUCUAAUAUUGAGCAAAGAAAGAAUUAAUCAAGAAGAUGCUAAAAAUACAUCAUCUUCACAGUCUUUAUUAGUUUUCCCAGAGAGUGUGCAACCAGUUGCUUUUCAUUUCAGAUAGUAAAACAUUAAACAUUAAAAAAUAUAGAAAAUUGUAAAAAAAAAAAUUUAAAUAAUAAUAAUAAUAAUAUACUCAAUAUUUACAGUUAUGUCAUAUGCAGGUUGUCAAUGCAUCCAGUAAUAAAGGCUCUGGGAACAUAUACAGUUUAAAUAACAUCUGUUGAAUUAAAAAUAUGUCAAUCAACCCAGCUGGGGACUGAACCUCAAUUUUACUAUCUGAGUUACUUCAAAUUUAGGAUUAAGUUAAAGGCUUGGGUUCGAGUUAUAUAUUAAGUAUAGGGUUAGAUGUACGUGUAUAUGUUUCUGCAGCAUUACUCCCUGGAGGAGUCUUAUGCAUUGUGAUGCCUAUACUGUACUGUAUGUCAUACAGUAUAGUAUUUCCAGUAAGUGUGUAUUGAUUUCUUAUUUUUCUUGUUGCAUAUAAACACUAGUACCUAUGUAUGGUUGAAAAAUGUUUGUCAACAUAAAUAUAGUAUCCUGUAAACAUUUGUAUUAUUCAGUCACAAUGUAAUAACUAUACUAUCCAUCUUAAGAUUGUAGCAGUUUCUAAGCACUAUAUCUGUAAUAUUUACAACAAAGAACAGGUUCCAUGUUGAUUUUAACCUUACAAUGUGCGCCUCACACACUGUUAAUUGUACAAAACUAAAAAAAAAACAAUGAAAUGUAAUAACAACCAAAUAUUCAGACACUAAAACCUCUGGUCAAUAUUGUUUGAAAUGUUUCUUUGUUUAUUCAUGUUUAUGCAUGUGCCUUACAAAUUAAUAAAAAAUAAAUAAAUAAACUACAAGAAAAACUGAGUGUGCAUCAUGCAUAGUCACAAACCCAUCCUUAAUCUCAGCCUUUUUCAGCAGGUGAGACAUUUACAUCCAUUAUCUACACUGCUUAGCUUUAGGAAUGUAAUUCCUUUGAAGUGCUCUUUUUCCCAAGAAGUCCUUCAGAUAGAUGGACAAUCCAUGACAUCAGCAGAGAGAAAUAAGCUGUUAAUAAUAACCUAUUAUUAUGAGUUGAUAUAAUUUCUGAUUUUUAAUACAAAGUUUCUGGUGCUGUGGAGCAUCUGAGUGCACUCCAUUUCUUAAUCUUAAUCAUCUUAAAUGUGUUGAUGCAUCAGAAAUGUAAUCACCAAUAUUCAAUAGAGCUGAAGACACUGUAGGCCCAGACAACUGUAAAACUAGCUAACAGUGAUCCAAGUAAGUAACACUUAGCCAUGCAAAAUAAUAACCAGAUGUUCAGGAAAUUCUUUUGUUAUGGUGUGACAGAAUUUUAAGUAUUAUCUUAUUGAUUUUCACCGACUCUAAACCUAUAAUUCAAUUCAAAAGCAGUCAGCUGAAAUAAAUCUAUUUUAAUUGUAUUUUUAGUGGUCUCAAUCAAAUUACAUAUCACUAUUAAGGUCAUACUAUAUGUACUCUGUUGUACACUGGGGAAAAAAACAGCUUCUACAUCUGUAUCAGUGACCUUUAAGAACACUUAAAUAAUAAAACAUGCUCUCCUCAAAUCUUUUAACUAUCCUAAUAUGAAUCAUAACUCCACUAACAUGCAUGUACUGGAACAUUAUCUAAAUAUGAAAGUAAAACAUUAAGGUGAUUUUUUUUUUUUUUUUACUGACAAAUGAUUUAAUCUACCACUGAAGGUCAAAGGAAAAUAGAUAAUGACUGGAUUGCAUGGACUGUUUAAUAGGGACACUAUUAGCAUUAGGGGAGCUUCUAUGAUUGGGAUAACGUUUUAAAUGACAGAAUGCAGCAUUUCCACAAAUUAUGGAAAGAAAAGUUAACCAAGUUACCAUGUAAACAUUUUAAAACAUUCUUCUUGUUAAAAUGGGAAGUUUUCUGUAAAUAUAGUAGUUGAGCCAGGAGUGAGCAAGGUUACAAUGGCUGUCUGACUGCAUUGUGAAUCCAAUAACUAGCUCCUGCUGUUUUCUACAAUAAAUCAGAGAGCCUAGUCCCGAGAAGUUAACAGAGACUCACCUUCUUGAACUAGUGCACUGAUGCAUUUGCUGUUGCAAACAACAUACUGAAGACAGGUGACGGAAUAUGCAUUGUAAUGAAGCAGUAAUGUCAAGGUUUAAUUCUUGCCUGACACUUUUAGAUCUUUACCAAUUUUUGGUAUUAAAGGGGACAGCCUAUCUAUAUGUCUUCACCACAAGAGGACUUGCUUAUGUCAUGGAUCUGAUACAGAGUUAGUUACACGUCAGUGACUAAUGUGUUUGUCUUCAGAUUUUUUAACAUAGCAUUGGUGAGUGGGAAUUAAUUCGACUUCUGCAGAAUGAUAGCAACAUCAGAAAUCAAGGGCUGCAGAAACCUGAAGUCUGUCUAAAUGUACAAUGAAUCUGUGACCUUACUAUGUUCUAGACCAGGAGUCCCAGAUUCCUGUCUCAAAGCCAAAGACGCAGUUGCUUCAUGAAAUGACAAAUCUUACUCUUCAUUUGCAUCCUAAAAGAAACUAGAAAAGAUGUAUGGAAAUGUUACAGUCUUUUUCACCAGGUUCAGCUCAGCACUCUGUGCACAUCUUUGUUGGUUUUACAGUAAAUACAAUGCAGGGUAGAGUAAUUAUGACCUUUCAGUAAGAUAAAAAAUCACCUGUUCUAGCCACUGUUAAGUUGAAACUCUAAUAUUGAGAGAUAUACUGUUUUCAGUGUAAUUUGGAUAUUUUGUUUUCAUUAUGACUGGGCCACCUAAUGCGGGGCCACCUAAUGUUACCUUAGAUAAGGUCAUCCAAGAAACAAACGUUAGUGUCCGAUGGCCCCAUUCAAUUUAACCUUUAGCUUGGAAAAGACAUUUUAGGGGGAACAAAGAUCAAUAAAAUAAUGAUCCAAAUUUGCUAUGAAAUUUGCUUUUUGAAAGGUGUAAUAUUAUUUUGCAUUUACUGAUCUGUUGAAUAAAGCCAACCUUAAUUAGAAACCUGAGGUCUACGUUUACCACGUAUAUUUUGCUGCCAGCUAAAAUGUUUAUUUUAAACUCCUUGGAUUAAGAGCCUCACUUUCUUCUUAAGCUCUGACAAGCAGGGUCAUUAAUCAUGCUCUAAAAGGGAUGCUUUCCUAUUAAGUGUUUGCAUUGACGAAGGACUCUUGAUCUCCAUAUGCUUACAGUAUUACCCUCUAGACCCCCACCGAAAUAGACUGCACUGGGAUUCGUGUUCUGCCCAGACCUAAAAAUGAGUGCUGAUUUAAAACUGAGAAUGGCAGGCCUAUUGUUUUUAUUGGCUGGAAACAAAAAGCUGCAGCAGUUGGCUUUGGUCAUAUCUUGUUUUAAAAGCCACGAUUCUGUUUAAAAAAAAAAAAAAGAGAGCAUCAGGCCCACUGGCACUUUGAAAUGAGGGG